CUAUCGACUUUGAAUACAAUCGCAAUCAACCAUCCAUUCUAUCUCAAGCAUCCUGUAAUAUCUCUGUUGCUUGAUCGUUUCACCAUCACUACUUGAACCCUUUUGAUUUCAAACGAAGUUACAACUUAGACAUCGACUCCUCAAUCAACGUCUGCUUCCCCAACUUGACCUAUUCCAACUCCCAUUUUGUGUCACAUUCUCACAUCAACCUCUGUCGAUAAGCGACUGAGAUCAAUCAAUGACAGAAGGAACUUGGGAGAAGCUAUCCCAGGUCGCUGUCCUGGGUGCUAAAUAUGACUCCCCUGAACGCCAGCCCCAUCCGAAAUGUUUGAAAGGGACCCGAGUGGACCUUCUCAAAUUCAUCUGCGGAUUGUUGGACAAGCGAGAUAAGAGUCAGAUCAUUUGGCUGCAUGGCACGGCGGGCGUUGGAAAGUCUGCCGUGGCGUUCACUGUGGCCGAGAGGAUGAAAGGUCUGAAAAUGACAGAGGAGACAAAAAUUGAAACAAGGCUCGCGGGAACAUUCUUUUUCUCGCGCAAGCACACAAAAUGCAGCACCACCGGUCAUUUAUUUGCGACCCUUGCUUACCAGCUUGCGAGCAAUUUUCCCAGCGUCAAGAACGACGUGAACAAAGCUAUCCACGAGACUCCUGCGGUUCUAGACUCCAGCGAGUCUCUUCGCGACCAAAUGAUGGCGUUAUUUCGUCGACCUCUCUGGCACCUGCAAUUAAGGCUGCGCGAGUGUCCGCCUUCCGGUGUUUGUUGUUGAUGCCCUCGAUGAAUGCCAACCUGAAACGGUCGCCGAUCUGAUCUCACUCCUCGGGGAAGCUCUUCGUGAUCCUGAACUUCCCGUAUUCCACAUUCUGCUCACGAGUCGCUUGGAGCAGCAUAUCUGUAAAGCCAUUCAAAACGAAGAUAU